AAGUGUUGGCUCACAGGAAUUCCUCUACAUUCACUGGCAACUUUAUUGCUGUACAGAGUUUAAUAAACACCUAUCUAGUUUCUCCGCAGUCACUUUCAUGCCGGCAGAAAGAAUCUGGUGGUGAGGACAGUCGGGCUUCCACGUUUUUCACUUUUUCCUGGAUCUUGCACAUAAACAGCGAUUGUGAAGAUGGACGGGUCCAAUAACACGCUUUUUGAUCCGAGAUGCAUGCAAGAGCCUCCCUACUCAAGCGAAGUUAUUAUGCAGCUGGACAUCUUUGGCAUAGUUCUCUUCUCUGUGCUGACUUUAAUGGUCACAGUGUCCUUGCUGGUUUUCAUUGAAGAAUGCAUCUACAUCUAUAAGAAAGUACCCGCACACAAGAAAAGUAUAACCAUGUGGGUAACUGGAGCAGCUCCGGUUUUUGCUACGACGUCUUGUUUGGGCAUGUGGGUUCCAAAGGCCACAAUGUUCACUGACAUGACCUCAUCCACAUAUUUUGCAAUUGUGAUCUUUAAGUUCCUGAUUCUUAUGAUUGAAGAGCUUGGAGGUGACAAUGCACUUCUGCAGUGCACUGAGAAAAAGGCAUUUAAGAUCAGCACAGGACCCUGCUGCUGCUGCUGUCCAUGCCUGCCAGAUGUUGCUGUUACACGACGGUCUCUUUUCAUAUUGAAACUGGGAUCCUUUCAAUUUGUUCUGUUAAAAGUGGUCUUGACCAUCCUUUCCAUUGUCCUCUGGACUAACGGCAACUUUAAUGGAACUGAAGUGGCAAUAAUGGGAGGAGCCAUUUGGAUAAACUCAUUUCUUGGCUUUUGCCUUGUUGUUGCACUUUGGCCUGUUGCAAUCAUGUUCAUGCAUGUGCGAGUGAUGUUACGCACCCUUAAAAUCAUCCCUAAAUAUGCCAUGUAUCAGUUAUUGCUGAUUCUCAGCCAGCUGCAGACUGCCAUCAUCAACAUAUUGGCACUCAAUGGCACUAUUGCCUGUGCUCCACCCUACACCUCCCAGGCCAGAGGAUACUUGAUGAGUCAGCAGCUUUUGAUCGUAGAGAUGUUCAUCAUUACACUAGUGACUCGCCUUUUAUAUAGACGUCAGUAUGACCCCAGACAAGAAGAAUAUGGUGAUGAAGAGUCAAAGACUGCCCUUUCUUCAAAAAAUGCAGUGGAUAUUGUCUGAGAAGAACAAACUUCCAACUUUAUUGUCCUCGAGGGGCAAUUGUUUGCACUACAGAGGCAAAAAACAAAACUAGACAAAAAACAACAUACAAAAUAAAAUACAAUACAAACAAACGACAACAAAAAACCAAUACAAAUCAUAAUCCAAAACUUAAAAAGCUUUAUUUACUAUCUCCUCUGUGAAUUAAGCCGUGAAAUGGCUAAAGGAAUAAAUGAGAAAUUAUAUCCGUUAGACCUUUCUAUGGGAACACUAUAGAGAGUGCGUAGAGGUAGGGUUUAAAAAGCAUGAUAGAAAGGAUGGGCACUGUCAGACAGAACAAAUUGAACUUUGCUCAACAUGCUUUUCAUACAAGUAGAAAAGAACUUGCAGUAUCUGUUGAACUCAAAUGACUUUACCACAGGUGUUAACAAUCACUGUUAAUGCAUUUUUGUGUUUUACACUUAAUGAUGCAAACCAACAAAGCAAAGAAAAAGUAAGCAUUGGCUCAAUAUAGGUUCUGUUAUAAAGAGUCAUCAAUGACCUAUCAAGCCGAAGUUUGCCAGUUUCCUCAGACAGAAGAGGCGUUGAUAACAUUUCUUACACAGAGUCUCUGUAUUCAUUUCCAAGGUCAACAUACUGUCAAUUAUAGUACCCCGAUGUUUAUCGUUGUCUACUAAAUCUAUGGAUUGACCAUUGAUUUGGGUAUUUGCAGGAGCAGAUUUUUGCCAUCUAAAAUCAGUACACAUAUCUUUGGUUUUAAAAGCAUUCAACUCUAAGAAAGCAUCUUGACACCACUUAAAAAAAUACUCUACAGCAGGACCAUGAGACAUUUUUCAUCCUCCUUCAACAAACUUACCAAUACAGUAUCGUGCGCAUAUUUGAGGUUAUGCCGAUCCAUAAACCUGCUACGACAAUCAUCAGUAUAAAGAAUGGAUAAAAGGGGUGAGAGAACACACCCCUGGGGAGAAUCAGUUGAUGUUACAGUCACCCCAGACACACAGUCAUUAACUCUAACUCUUUGGGUCAUGUCCAUAAGAAAAUCCAGUAUCCAAAGGAAUUUUCGAUAUUAGCCUGAAUCUCAUGUUUUAUCAGUCUCUCAAAUGAUUUCAUAAUUAUAGAGAUCAGAGCCAUGGACCGAUAAUGAUGCAUAUUUGUAGGUUGCCUAUUUUUAUCCACCGGCACAACAGUGGACUGUUUCCAUAACUUUGGGACCCUCUGCUGAUAAACUGACCAAUUAAAAAUAUUUGUAAAAAUAGGACUUAUUUGCUUGGCAUAAUGUAUGAGCACACAACUCCCAAUAUUAUCAGGACUUUUCCUAGCUUUGCAGCACCUAAAUGAAUUAACAACCAUUUGUACAUUAAAAUGAAUGUCAUGGCUACAAUUCUGUAGACUAUGUUUUAAAAAAAGCUCAUUCCAACCACGAAUUUAUACAUUCCCAUGCAGAGCCCAAACUUGCAUGUGAAUGAGAUUAUAGAAUAUGUUUGAGGACAUUAUUGUACCGAGUAAAUUGUGAACAAUGAUGGUCAUUAUCUUUGUAUUUUCUAUUAUAUAUAAGUGCAUGCUUGUGUAUAAAUACACUGUGCCAAAUCAGUUUUUUAUUGACAUUACUGCAAGGUAAUUGCCAAAGAAUUUGAGUGUCAAUCAUUACUUCAAAGGCACUGAAGUAUAUUGAUAUACUUCAUAAAACUCAAAUGAUCAUUGUAUUGGGCACAAUGCAACAUCCAAGCAACUAGUUGAAUGCUGUUUUAUGUUUUUGUUCCUUCCUUACAAUGUAACUUCCUUACUUGAUGCUUGGACACCAGUAUUGUUUUUUGUUUUGUUGUUGUUGGGAAAGCAUUGAUAAUCCUAUGAGUCAUCAUGGUCCAUAUUCCUGAUGAACUGAGAUAGUCAUUUAUAUGGCUUAAUGAUACAUCUGGACUUUUGGAAUUGUAAAAAGAUUAAAUGGGAUUACUGUAUGUUGCUGUAUCCUAUAUUACGCUAUUUUUAAAAUCUAUAUCUUCAUACUGUUUUGUCCAAUAAUCAUGCAAUUUAUCUACACAAAUUACUGACA